GCAGUCGGACUUGCAUAGAAACAUCCGGAUAGUUUAAGUGAAGCCCAGCGUCUCUUGAUUAUUAUUUUUGUUAAUGUUAUUAUUAGUUGAAUAAGAAUCAAAGGGCGUGUGUGUGUGUCAGAUCACUCUGCGUGCGCAUGCUGCGUGUUUGAUGUCUGAGCGCGCGCGGUUAGGGAGCGUUAGUGUAACGAACAUCAAACAGGGCCGCGCGCUCGUGCUCAGGUGAGCGCUACAGUGUUGCUGUUUGAUCUGUGUGAGUAACUCCCCGGCCCCGCGCUGUUGUACAGAGAGCACUGCGGUGUGUGUAGUGGCGUUCAGGAGAGACCGGAGUAUCCGAGACAUGUAUGAGCAGCGCUUCCAUCCAGACAGAUCUGUGCCGUACCCAAGAGGAGGAGGAGGAGGAGGGGAAAGGAGAUCUUUCGGACGUCCUGAUGAUGACUAUAUGAGGAACUUUGACUACGACUCUCCUCGCUUUUACCCGAACGGCGGUCCCAGAAACUACCACAAUGAAGAUAAGAAGGGUUACCAUAGCGACAGCCAUUACUCCUUCUCUAACGAAUCCAGAGGAGGCCCGGCUAACCGCAGGGACGACUCCAGCUAUUACAGAGGACACAAAGAUGAUGGACAUUCUGGACGGCAGGUGGAUUUCAGGGGCGGCCGCAGUCGAGUUGGCUCGUCCCCCAGCGACCGCACCCAGGGCUCGUACCCUGCUCCCAGAUCCCUGUCAGCGCUGGGCUCCAACCCAGGAGAGGACACGUUAAUCCAGGCCAUUAUGAACUUGGACCGAGGGGAAGAGAGGGAAGGUCUGCGCCGCAAAGCGCCCUUUCCUCCGGUCCAGGACUGCUCCCCCACUCAGCAGGACGUGUCUCCAUCCCAUCACAGCCGCUCCGGGUCCAGCAUCAGCAGCCGGAGCUACUCUCCAGACCGGAGCAAGAGCCACACAUACCAGCCUCCUCUGGGGAAAAACAGGGACAGAGCACCAGGGCCGUCGGUCAACGUGUCCCGAGACGGCUCGCCACACAGCUCUGUGUCAGCCUCUAAAGAGGAUGUGCCGGUGGUGGAGCACCAGUCAGACGAACCUCUGGCUCCGGCAGACGACACUGUGCCCGUCCCAGACGACUUCCGUGAGCGGAGAUCUCAAGCUAUUGCAGCCAAAGCCCGAGAAAUAGAAAAGAUGUACCGUCAGGACUGUGAGACUUUCGGGAUGGUGGUGAAGAUGCUCACAGCCAAGGACCAGAGUCUGGAGAAGCUUCUGCAGAAUGCUUUAAAGGAAAACCUUUGCGAGAUCCGUGAGCGAUGUCUUGAGGAUCUGAGACACUUUAUUUCUGAGCUGGAUGAGGCAGUUCGUCAGCCCGAGCCUGUGUGAGGGCCAGCAGCGCGUCGCAGAAAGAACCUGCUCGGGAACUUUAUUUUUCAUCAUAAAUGUGUUGGAAUUUAAUUACAUUCAGUUACAGCACGAUUAGUUAUGUUUAGUUACGGUAUGAUUAGUUAUGUUUAGUUAUGGUUAGUUUAGCAGUGUAUAGUCCACUUCCCCGAGAUAGUCCGUCUUAAUGAAUUAAGUGAGCUAAUGUUAGUAUUUUAAAUAAAUACUAAAUGUAUUGAUACAGUAUUAAGUCAUAAAACUGGGUUAUGUUUUCUACCUAAACCUGCUUAAUCUAUUUUUUUUUUUUUUUUGCUUUUGUAUCAGUACCAUGUGUAAAUACGGAUGAAUCGGAUUUGGCUCCUUUUAAAAUCAUGAUUCAGGCUUUUGUUUGUGGAUGUUUCUGUAUGUUGUUUAUCUCUGUAAAUCAAUAAAGACGUAUUCUACAUCA